AUGAGCUACUCCCCAUCUGAGUUUUUCGGUGUAUUUGUCAUAACUCUAUUCAUUUUGAAGCUGUCAUAUCCGUUUACUAAAAGAAUGUACAAUAAUAACAAUUUCUUCUCCAGAAAAAUGUAUAACAAUGCUAUCAAUGACAAGAAAUUUAUCAAGCGUGGAGGAUACAUUGCUGGUCUAGUUAAUGACGGUAAUACCUGCUUCAUGAACUCUGUAUUGCAAUCUCUGGCGUCAUCUAAAGAAUUAGCAGCAUUCUUAGAUAACGUCAUUGAAAAUGGAUCGGAAAACAAUGGAGACAUCAAAUUCACUGAAACCCUACGUGAACUUUUGUUGAUACUAAAUAAAAAGUAUUAUAAAGAGAAACCAUACUUCAAAACAAAUAAACUGUUAAAGACUAUGUCUAACGGCCCAAAUAAAAAUAUCAUCCUUGGUUAUGAUCAAGAAGAUGCUCAAGAAUUUUUUCAACAAAUUCUAUCUGAUUUAGAAAAGAAUAUCAAGAAGCCCUCGACAGAAAAAAAGGAAGAACGUAAUAAUAUUAAAGAGUCAGAUUUACCUGAUGAUGCAUUACUUGGACAAGAUGAUUUAAAUAACGUUGGUACAGUAUAUAUACCAACGGAACAGAUCGAACCCAAUUCCGUACUAGAAAAUCCCGAUCAAAAACUUUAUUCCCCAUUUAAGUUAAUAACACCAUUGGACGGUAUCACUGCGGAGAGGAUUGGCUGUUUGACUUGUGGUGAAAAUGGCGGUAUUAGAUAUUCUGUAUUUUCAGGUCUCAGUCUAAAUCUCCCUAGCGAAUCUUUAAAUCAAUCCACUUUGAAGUUAUCCGAAUUACUAAAUGAAUGGGUCAAACCGGAAAUUAUUGAAGGUGUAGAAUGUAACCGUUGUUCACUAAAUGCGGUCCGUUCUCAUCUACAAGAUCAAAUUCAAAAUGAUACAAUCCCAGAAAAAUUAAAAAUUGCCAUUAACCAAAGAUUAAAUCUGUUAACUGAAAUUUUAUCGAAGCCUGUCAUCGAAGAAGACGAUUAUAAAAAAUAUCACACAGAAAAUAUGGUUCGUAAAUGCUCUAAAUCCAAACAAAUUUUAAUUUCAAGACCACCUCCCUUUUUAUCAAUUCAUAUCAACAGAUCUGUUUUUGACCCAAGAACUUACAUGAUCAGAAAAAAUAAUGCAAGAGUAUUAUUCAAGACGAGACUAAAUUUACAAAAAUGGGCAUGUAACGUCGAUGAAAUCAAUCUGGAUGCAAGAUUACCAAUGAGCAAAAAUGAACAUAUCGUACAAAAUGAAGAAUCAAGCGAAGAUGAGAAUAUUGGAGGUGAUUACUACGCCAAAUUGCAUCACAGAUUUGAACAAGAAUAUGAAGACAGUGAAGAUGAAGAAAAUGAAAUAGAUAGUGAUGAUGACAGAGAUGUUAGGAAUUAUGACCCUUUAAAUGGUGAAGAAAUGAAUUUGUCUUCUGAAUUCUCAUCAAGUGAAGACGAGCAAGAGGAAGAAGAGGUUGAUGCCCUAGGUAAUACUAUAAGAAAUAUGCCUGUACGACUUGCAAAUGAAGUUGAGCAACCUGUACCAAUGUCAAAUUCCUCAUCUGAAGAAGAUCAAGAACCAGCACAAGAUUCGGAAUCUGAAUCCGAAUUAAAUGAAGAUGUAGAACAGAAAAAUGACGAGAUAUCUAUUCCACCAACAAACGGAAGUAUGACUUAUUCUUCAUCGGUACCUGCUGGCCCCUUAAUUUAUUCCUUACGUUCAGUUAUUGUUCACUACGGUACCCACAAUUAUGGGCACUACAUUGCAUUUAGAAAGUAUAGAGGCUAUUGGUGGAGAAUUUCUGAUGAAACUGUCUAUAUUGUUGAUGAAACCGAGGUUUUGUCAACACCGGGUGUAUUCAUGCUAUUCUAUGAAUAUGACUACGACUCAGUAACCGGUAGGAUGAAAGAUGACUUGGAAAGCCUUGACCAGGAAGAUGAAAGUGAAAUUGAAAUAGUACAAGAUGAAAAAGUAAAAGAAGAAGAAGAAGAAGAAGAAGAAGAAGAAGAAGAUUAA